CGCACCGGUGGGGAUGCUCUAAGCCGACUACCGACGACACCUCCAACGGAGCAGUCACGACCAAGUUUGCUAGCCGAAGAAGUAACAUCUCCGGAACCCCAGCACCCGAUCAAGUACCGGCCCGACAUCGACAGGCUACGGACGCUCGCGGUGGUUUCCGUGGUCCUGUUCCACGCGUACCGGCACUCGGUCGAAGGCGGGUUUACAGGCGUCGACGUGUUCUUCCACCGCAUCUUCCCAGCGCUGCUGCUCGUGUUCACGCUUACGCUGGUCGUGGGCUGCGUGUGGCUGCUGGACAAGGCGGUCCAGUACGCCUACUUUUACUCGCACCGCAUCUUUCCAGCGCUGCUGGUCGUGGGCUGCGUGUGGCUGCUGGACAAGGCGGUCCAGUCCUUCACCCUCGUGGACGGGACGCCCUUUGUGGGCAACAUCCAGCUGCUGACCGUCCAACAGGGCUACUUUGAUGCCAGUGUCAAGGAGAAUCCGCUGCACCCGUGGUCCCUGGGGUUGGAGGAGUAG